UUUCUCACUCUGACCUUUUAUAUUCUACCAAGUUGCGUCUAUCUAUCAUCUUAACUGACACACACAUCAUGCUUUUUGGUUCAUUUUGCAAGCAACAAUAAAACAGUUGCGGCGUUUAUUGAGCAUUCCGAGGAUAUAUCUUUUUUAAUUAUCCAUAAAUUGCAACAUCUCUCUCUCUCACUCUCUCAAAUUCGAAGGGAAGAGAGAGGCUUCUAAACAAAGAUAUGGGUUCUGUGGAGAAUGAUUCAUCGCUUGUGGAAGAGGCUCCUCUUCUUCAGGAUGGAGAGAGCAGACAAUACACAGGAGAUGGUUCAGUUGACUUUAAAGGGAGGCCUGUUCUUAAGCAGAAUACUGGCAAUUGGAGAGCUUGCCCAUUUAUCCUAGGCGAUGAGUGUUGCGAACGUUUGGCAUACUAUGGCAUUGCAACAAACCUUGUUACCUAUCUUACCCGCAAACUACACGAAGGAAAUGUCUCUGCUGCAAGAAAUGUCACCACUUGGCAAGGCACUUGUUAUCUUACACCUCUCAUUGGAGCUGUUGUAGCAGAUUCUUACUUGGGACGAUACUGGACAAUUGCUGUUUUCUCCACGAUAUAUUUCAUUGGGAUGUGUACAUUGACGCUUUCUGCAUCUGUUCCAGGACUGAAGCCUGCUGAGUGUUUUGAUUCUGUAUGCCCUUCAGCUACUCAUGCACAAUAUGCUGUGUUCUUCUUUGGUCUCUACUUGAUUGCACUUGGGACUGGUGGCAUAAAACCAUGUGUGUCAUCUUUUGGGGCAGAUCAGUUUGAUGAUACCGAUCCCCAGGAAAGGAUUAAGAAGGGAUCUUUUUUCAACUGGUUUUACUUUUCUAUCAACAUAGGAGCCCUUGUAUCAAGCAGUUUUAUAGUGUGGAUUCAAGACAAUGCAGGCUGGGGUCUUGGAUUCGGCAUUCCUGCUAUAUUUAUGGGAUUAGCUAUUGGAAGCUUCUUUUUAGGCACACCCCUCUACAGGUUUCAAAAACCAGGGGGAAGCCCUAUUACAAGAAUGUGCCAGGUUGUGGUAGCAUCAGUCCAGAAGAAAAAUCUGGUUGUCCCUGAGGAUAUUAGUCUCCUGUAUGAAACACCAGGCAAGAGCUCUGUAAUUGAAGGAAGUCGGAAACUGGAGCAUACUGAUGAACUAAGGUAA